AUGGAGCCGUAUCGGUCGCCCGUGCGACGCGAGGGCGCCCGACGCCCGGGCCGGGCCCCCGACGCCGGGGACUGCCUGUCCGAUGACUCCGGCGCCUCGACCGACUCCAGCAGCGAGGAUUUGCUCGACGCCGGCACCGGGGCCGACCUGGGCACCGGCCAGCCACACUCGCGCGGCGCAACACUCCCGGCACCGGCAUCGGGCCCCCACCUUUGGGCCCCGCGCGCCGGGGCACCCGGCACCGGCGUCGGGUCGCUGGCCACCGGGCCCGGGCGCCGGGCCCUGUCCAGCCUGGCCUCGCACGCCACCGGCAAGGCGUCCGCUCUGAUGGGCCCGUCGCAGCCGGGCGGGCCGUUUGCCGGCUCGCGGGCCCGAAACACCCGCCUGGCCCGGCGCAUGCCCAUCAUCACGGAAUCCUACAGCCGGCCGGCCGUGGCCAACCACCUGAGCCGCGGCCGGCGGCAUGCCAUCAGCCCGGACGCCAUGGCCAGCAUGGCGGCCGCCGCGGCCAUGGCCACCGCCGCGGCCGCCGCUCGCGCCGCCAGCCGGCCCUCCCCCCCGAGCGACGAUGCCGGCGGGUCCUCCUCCUCCUCGGCCCUGACGUCGGCCAGCUCGUCGCCCGGAUCGCCGGGAGGGUCGUUGGCAUCCUCCCCGGCGGCGGCCGGCGGGGCGUCCCCGCUGCCCGGGCCCCGGCUGGCCACCGGCCUCCGGAACUCCUCGCCGGCCGCCGGCAGCCCGAUCUCCAUCUCGCCGGAGGUCGGCGGCAGCCCCUUCUCCGAGGGGGCUGGCCUCUUUGCCGGGGGCCCGGCUGCCGUGGCGGCCCGAUCGGCCUCAUCGUGCUCGGCCGCCGCCGCCGCCGCCGCCGCCGCCGCCACAUCGGCCGCAUACUACCACCCGGCGCAUCACCCGCACUUCCACUUCGACGAGCACCACCCCUCGGGCGAGGCGCUGGGCUCGUACCACCCGGUGGCCGGCCAUGCGGCCCUCGACCUGUCCAUGCUAGCCAGCGCCCUGCCCCUGUCGGAGGAGGAGGCCCCCGGCGAGGCCCGGCGGUCGGGCAUCGCGGCCGGUGGCCCCGGCGGCCUGGCAGGCCCCUUCUCGUCCUUGAUGGCGUCGGGCCUGGCGCCGGAAUUCCCCGGGCCCUUGUCCUUGAGUUACUCUGCGUCGCCGGCCGGGGCCGUCGGCCCGGCGCUGUCCCCCCCGCCGGCCACCGGGCCCAUCCUCUCCGGUGCCAGCACGCCCACCGGACCGGCCGAGCACCAGCUUCUGGCCUCCUCCUCGGUGACGAUGCUUGCCCUGUCGCCGGAGUCCGACGGCCAGGCCGAGGUGGCACACCGCGGGGGGCCCCCCUCGCCCGGGCCCGGGCCCGGGCCCACGGUGUCCCUCUUCGCCGGGGUCCGGUCGCCGUUCACCGGUGGCGGGCUCUUCCACGCGGCUCCGGCCGUGGUGGCGGCCGCGCCGCCGGUGGCCUCGGCCCCGGCCCCGGCUCCCGGGCUGCUCUCCUGGCGAGGCAAGCCCACGGAAAUCCAAGCCCCGGCCGACGCCGACCCGGCCCUCGCCGGGAGCAGCCCCUUCGGCAGCUCGCUUUCGCUGCCGGGCUCCUCCUCCUCCCCCUCGGCCGUGGCCUCCCUCUCGUCCUUGUCCUUGUCCCCGUCCACCUCCUCGCCGCUGGCCAGCGCCAGCAGCAGCAGCGGCAAUGUGAAUGCCAUCGCUGCCGGCGCCAUGGCCGGCGGCCCGGCGGUCGCCCUCUCCCCGGCCAUGGGCCCCGGCGCGCGGCCCCUCUCGGCCCUGUCCUUUUCGCUGCUCUACCAGGCCAACGCCAAUCCCGAGGCGUCGGCGCUCCCCGCCAGCCAUGCACACCCCUUCCACGGGCAUGCGCCGCAUAUGCAUGGCCAUGCGCACCCGCUCGCGCACCCGCAUCGCCUGUCCACCGGCGGGUCCGCCACGUCGACCCCCUCGCCGGUGCCGCUGCUGGCCGGGGCCUAUGAGGGCGCUGGCCCGGAGCACCAUGUUCGCUCGCUGUCCGGCGGGGCCGGCGGCCUGACGCACGGCCCGCUGGCCUUUGUCUCGGACGAAGAGGAGGACACCCCGGCCCCGGGGGCCAGCGCCCGUGCGGCCACGCACCUCCGCGGUGCGCUGUCCUACUCGGGCCCGACGCUGGUACGGCUUCCGCCGCCCGGGGCCCCGGGCUUCCCCCAGGCCCAGCAGCACUUCCACUUCCAGCAGCAGCAGCAGCAGCAGCAGCAGCAGCAGCAGCAGCAGCAACAACAACAACAACAGCAAGCCGUCCAUCACCACCACCAGCAGCAGCAGCAGCAGCAGCAGCAGCAGCAGCAGCACCGCCACCUCGCCAUGCAGCAGGCUCAGCAACAGUACUUCCCCCCGGCCGAGGGCAAUUCCCAACCUCCGGACUUCGGGCUGGCUGCCUCGCGGCCAUUUGCCUUUAGGCAGCAAGCCCCCGGCACGGCGCCGCAUGAGGACGCCGCUUGGCAUGGCUCGCAGUUCGAGCCGAAUGCCGGCGGCCCUGCCGGCUGCGGUCCCGAGGGGUCCUGCUCGAUUCCCAUCUGCCAACUGGCCGCCGGGCCCGGGGCCGGGGCCGGGGCCGGGGCUGGACCCGAUGCCGCCACCCCGGGCCCCGGGCCGCGGGUGGACACGUCGUACUCGGCCUCGGCGCCGUCCUUCCCCUCGCCGCUGCUGCUAUCCUCCAGUCCCCCCUUCCCGGACAUUGGCGAGGCCUCGCCCACUUCCGCCUCGUACAAGGCCCCGGGGGAGCUGCACGCGGCGCUCGAUCGCCCUGGCCACUACCCCCACCUCCACACGGGGCCCCCUUCGGCCGGCCCAGGUGGCUACAGCUCGCCCGACCUGCUGAGCUCCUCCCCCAUGCCGGAUGAGUUUGACGACGCCCCGGAGGCGGAGCUGCUGAUGUUCCAUGCCGCCAUGCCGCCCGGCGGGGGAGGCACGGUGUAUCGGCGUCUCAGCGGGGCCGCCGGUUCCGGGGGCCGGGCCCUGCGCGCCACCCCGGACAUCGCCGGGCCCGGGGGGACCCCCUCGCCGCGGUGGCUGCCGCACCGGGACCACUCGGGCGGUGGCCCGCUCGGCGCCUCGCCCUCCGGCGGGUGGGUCACUCCGCCCGGGGCCGGCGGGGCCGGGCCCUCGCCCGUGUCGCCCCCCCGGGCGGCGGCCUUCCAGCCACGGCACCGGCGCUCCUUCAGCGGCGUGGCGGCGGUCAAUGCCGACCCGGCUGACGGGAGCGCCGGCCACCUGGCCGGCUCGCGUGUGCACCGGUGGCGGCCCAAGAUGGCUCCCCCGGCCACCGGGGCCGGCAUCGGCCCGUACGCCGACGAGCAUUCGGUCCCGCGGCCGACCGGCGGCCCGCUUGGGGGCAUGCGCCCCGGUGGCAGCGGCAGCGGCAGCGGCAGCGGCAGCGGCAGCGGCAGCGGCAGCGGCACUGGCGGCGGCGGCGGCGGCAGCAGCAUCGCCAUCAGCAGCAGCAGCAGCAGCAGCAGCAGCAGCGCCGGUGCCACGGCCCCCGGCUCGAGUGGUGGCGCCGGCCCUGGGCACUUUGGCUCGGCCCCGGCCGGGUACCAUGCCCACUCGGCUGGCGGGCUGGCGGCGGUCCUGGCCUCGGGCCCCUCGCCCGGGGCCAUGUCCUCCCCGGCGGAGGAGGACCCGGCCGGGCAUCAUCCCCAUCAUCAUCAUCAUCAUCAUCAUCAUGUGCACCAUGCCCCGCCCUCGGGCGGGGUGGUGCCGCGGCGGACGCGCCCGCUGUCCGGCCCGAGCGCCGGGUUCCAUUCGCGCGUUCGGAGUGGGGCCUUCUCCUCGGGCGGCAGCAGCGCCGGCCCCGGCACCCCGGUGGACCUCUUUGCCGGCGGGGGCCCCGGUCCGGGCUCCUGCAGCGGCGGUGACAGCAGCAGCAGCAGCUCCUCCACCCCCAUCCCCGGGUCCAUGGGCCCCGGGCCCGGGGCCGGGGCUGCCUCCGGCACCGGGACCCCCCUGUCCGAGCAGAUUGCCCAAUUCUCCCUGCACCCGCAGUCGGGCGGCGGGCCGGCCGGCGCGUCGUCGAGCCUGGCCUCCCGCCGGCGGUCCUCCUCCCUGGCGUCGCUGUCCUUCCAGCACUCCAAGUCCCGCAGCAUGUCCCUGUCGUCGCACCACCCGCGCGAGUCCAGCGGCGGCGGCCCCGGCCCGGGCCCGGUUCUCUCGCCGCCCCCCUCCUCGACCGGUCCGCUGGGCCAUGCGCCGUCCUCCCAGCAGCACUACCACCUGCAGCAGCAGCAGCAGCAGCAGCAGCAGGCCCAGUCGCAACCCUUCCACGCGCACCACCAGCACCUCCACCAGCUCCAGACGCAACAACACCCCCUCCUGUCGCAACAGCAGCAGCAGCAGCAGCAGCACCUUCACCAGUUCCACCAGCAGCCGCAGCCGCAGCAGCAACAACAUCACCACCAGCACCACCUGGGGAGCGGCCUGCAUUCGGCCCUGUCGGCCUCGGUCCCGGAGCUUUCCAUGUCGCCCCCCUCGCCGGGGGGCAACGCCUUCCCCUCGCACCUGCCGCAUGGGGGCUUCCCCGGGGCCGACCCGCAUGAGCCGGGCCACUUCCAGUAG